UUUCUAUUUCAUGAGCUUCAGUAAAAUAUAUCUCUCCGAAAGUAAAAAAAUGAUAAGAACAAAUUUUAAAAUUGUUUUAAGAUUAAUGUUUUUUGAUCCUAAAAAAGCAAACGGCAAACAUGGGAACCUAGUAGUUUUGUAAAUGGGAUCUCAUUUGUAAGGGAGGGGUCGUUUUUUAUCUGUGUCUUUUAAACCUUUAAACUUUAUUUUCCCUAAUAAUUAUCAUGAAUUAAAUUGCACAACCACAUUAUAUCUUGCAAUGCCUUUUAUUUGCUGUUGAACAAAGAACUUCAUGAAUAUGACAGAAAUUAACAGUGAUCCACUAAGUAUGAUCUUCAAUUUAUAUGAAUAUAAGAUGUUUAUUACACUUGUUCUCGAAGGAUAUUGUCAUUUUUUUUUUGUGUUUAAGUUUUUGCCUGAAGAUUAGUGAAUAUGUACACAAGAACAUAGAGACUUUCUAUUUUCAAUAUUCUUCCCGUUACUGUGUGAUAACUACUAAUUAUAAUUUAGACUGAGAAACUAAAAUUAAAACCAUAAUGUUCAGUAAUGCAGAUCUAUAACUUGUUAGAAUCUUUGAAGAAUGAAACAUUUUUUCUGCAAAGCAACAACCAUGUACACUAGCCUUGUUUUGAAAAAACUGCUGCCUAGAACAUUGAAGCAUGCUACAUGCAGAUUUAGUAGCACAUCAACAGGUAACAAGUUUGUAUUAGGGUGUGGCAGCAAUGUUGUUGAUCAGAUCCAUAAAGUUCAAGCAGUUCCGAAAGUUGGAGAAAAAGGAUUCUUUCAAAGUCCUACAAAGUUACUUGAAAAAUCUGUUGUUGGAGGUGUUACAAUGAAUCAUUUAUCUUGGGCUUCAUUGCUUGGUGUACCUACUGGCUUGUUAGCUUUGCAAGGAAAUGACCCGUGUGGUGAGCUGAUUCGGAAAACAAUGCAAGAAAUGAAGAUCAAUCAAAAUUUUUUGCAAAUACAAAAUGACUACGCAACAGCUGAAUCAUAUGUGUUUGUACAACAAGAUGGCGAACGUUCCAUUGUCAUGGCAUCAGGUGCAACAAGCUUGAUAUCUGAAGAGAAAGUGACAAAUUAUUUUAAAGAAGCAAUACUUAACAAAGCUAGUAUGCUGACUACAGAAAUCUCACAAGUUCCCUUGUCAGGAGUUAUUCAGUUGCUCACAUUAGCAAAAGAAGCUGGUAUCAUAACUGUUUUGGAUUUCGAUGUUUCACCAAUGGUAGCAUUUAAUGAAGCUAAUCUUGGUAACUUGGAUCAAGUUAAGAGAAUCCUUCAACUUGUUGAUGUGUUAAAGCCAGCAAAACAUGCAGCUUUGGAAGUUGUGAAAUUGAUACGAUCUGACAUUAAAGACUCCCUGCAGCCAUGUGACAUAGCAAAGUAUUUACAAGAUAUAUCUUCUGCAAAUUUAGUUGCAAUGACCAAUGGUGAAAAAUCAACAUUCCUUUCUACACCAGACCAUCUAGUUGAAGUUCCAACAAACAAACUUAAACAUGUUGUUGAUUCUACUGGUGCAGGAGAUGCAUUUUUAGGGGGAAUCAUUGCAGGGAUACAUUUCAAUGGCUUGCCUGAAACGGAGGAUCAGAUAAGGAAACUAGGAGAAAUUGCAAAUAAAACUGGUGCAGCUAACUGUCAAGUACUUGGAGGGCUUCCUGACAAAAGUUCAAAGUUAUAUCUUGCAGAGGAACUGAAAUAUUUCAAUAUCACCAAUGAAAGUCGGUCAAAAGAAACAGAUGGCAAUUCUUUGGAUGAAUUUAAGAAUAGCCUAAGGCGUGAUAUUGAUGCAACAGAACAUAUUUUUCAAUGCCUUGAUGAUGAUGAUUUAUCUAAAGUUCUUGAUCUGAUUUUUACUUGUAAAGGAAAUGUUCUCACAUCUGGGAUAGGUAAGUCUGGUAUUGUUGCAAAUAGAUUUGCCUCCUCACUGUCAUCAAUUGGAACUGCAUCUCACUUUGUCCAUGCUUCGGAAUGGUCACAUGGUGAUCUUGGUAAAAUUCACAAAAAUGACAUCAUCAUAUUCAUAUCACAUUCUGGAAACACAGAGGAGAUUGUAGAAGCUGCUUAUCUGAUAAAACGGAAAAAUGUUCCCAUUAUUGCGCUGCUUGGAUAUCAAGGCUCUUUACUGGGAGAUAUGUCUGAUGGAAAGAUAUGUUAUGGGUCAAAAAAAUUAAUAGAACCAUUAGGUGGCAUUCCAACAACAAGUAUAAUAUUGCAGGAUGCAAUUAUUAACGGCAUAAUGUGUCAACUAAUACAACGCAAGAAGCUAACAAGAAGUGACUUUGUAUUCAAUCAUCCUGGUGGCUCGUUGGGAAGAAAGUUUUUGAAGAAGAUAAAACAUUAGCUUUUUUAUGCUGCAGUAUAUUUUCUUUUGUUUCAUCUAUUUAUAACAUUUAUUUAUUUCUUAUUUAUUAUUUUAUUUUAUAUUUAGUUUUAUUCUUUUCUAUUCUUUAUUUGUAUUUAAAACUAGUUGAGUGUAUAGUAUUAAUGUAGUGAUGGUAAGAGAUAUAUAACAGUUAAGAUUUCAAAUUUAUGUAAUUUUAUUGUUGUUGUUGUUGUUGUUUUUUAUUAUUUUGUGACGAACAAAGUAGUAGCUGUGUUAUACCGAGAUAACCUUUUCAUGAAUUUUUUUUUGCUGAAAUCAACAUCAUUCCCAGCUUGAUGUCGGUUUUCUAAGCUAGCCUUGUUCAGUUGGUAUAUAUGAUUGACCUUCUUUCAAUCUGAUCUAGAUUGUGUUAGUUCUAAACUCAAAAUUCCUUAGCAUUAAGUCUGUCCUUUCUUGUUCUAUACCUAUUAAAGAAGAAUUAAAAUCUUUUACAUGGAAUCACAAGUUUGCUGAAUUAUUUUUUAUUUUUUUUAUCACAAUUUUUUUCUUUGUAUUAUCGUAGCUAACUUUUUUUUAUUAAUUUUUAACUGUGACAUGAACUGACUGAUUUUGUCAUUGCAUGGCUACAUAUGAUAAAAAGAAACUGCAUUCUCUUAACAUAGUCUUGUCAAAAUAU